GUGCUGAGGUCGGUGGGACGGGACAGGGCGCUGGUGCCCGCCUGCCGCUCACAGCCUGCCCGCAGCGUGCCCCCCGGCUGGAGCCAUGCCGGCCGCGUGGGCCCGGGCCAUGAGGUGCAGCUGACCUUCGCCCUCCGGCAGCGGGGCGCAGGGCCCCUCGCCCGGCUCGUCGGCAGGGCGUCCUGACCCUCUCUGUGCCUCACAGGCCAGUACCUGUCCCUGGAACAGGUGCGGGACCUCGUCCAGACAUCUCCAGCCACACUCAUGGCAGUGCUGAAGUGGCUGCAAGGCCAUGGUGUCGAGGACUGCAGGAGCGUUGCCACCCUUGAUUUCCUGGAGUGCCGCAUGGCAGCGAGCACGGCUGAGCACCUCCUGCCAGGGGCUGAGUUCCACCGCUACGUGAAGGGCCAGCGCAGCGUUGUGCGCUCCCCGCUCCCCUACGCCGUCCCCGAGGAGCUGGCUGAGCAUGUUGACUUUGUGGGUGGUCUGCACCGGUUCCCCGCGGAGAGAAAGGUGGUCAGCAGAGCCUGGGCCAAGAAGGAAAUGGAGUCAAGGCAGCACUAUGGAGGGAGAGCGGCGUUCCACCUGGGCGUGACGCCGUCCAUCAUUCGUAAGCGAUACAACAUGACAGGAGACGACAUCGGGCUUCUGCCAAACAACAGCCAGGCCUGCGCCCAGUUCUUGGAACAGUAUUUCCACCAGGCCGACCUGGCUGAGUUUAUGCAGCUCUUUGGCAGCAGCUUUGGCCACCGCUCUCAGGUUGACCAAGUGGUUGGGCACCAGGGCAAGGGCAAGGCUGGGCUGGAGGCCAGUCUGGACGUGGAAUACAUCAUGAGCACGGGUGCCAACAUCUCCACGUGGGUCUUCAGCAAUGCAGGUGACGAUGGCGCUGGGUGCAGAAGGGUGCCUGGCGGGAACCACACUUUCCGGCCCAGCUUUCCAGCCUCGAGUCCCUACGUCACCACCGUGGGCGGAACGUCCUUCAAGAACCCCUUCCUGGUGACCACAGAAGUGACAGACUACAUUAGUGGGGGGGGCUUCAGCAAUGUCUUCCCCAUGCCCGGUUACCAG